GUGCUCCUCUACUCGCUCUUUUCUCUCCUGUUCUCGCAGUAACCAGGGCUCGAAUUGUCCUCGCCUUCCAAUCAUGAUUAUAACAGAGAAGAACCGGAGAGAGAUCUCCAAGUACCUUUUCCAAGAGGGAGUCUGCUAUGCAAAGAAGGAUUUCAAUCUUGCAAAACACCCAGAGAUCGAUGUCCCGAAUCUGCAGGUGAUUAAGCUAAUGCAAAGCUUUAAAUCAAAGGGGUAUGUGCGUGAGACUUUCGCAUGGAUGCACUAUUACUGGUACCUCACGAAUGAUGGAAUUGAGUUUCUGAGAACUUAUCUCAAUCUUCCAUCUGAAAUCGUGCCUGCCACCUUGAAGAAAUCUUCAAAGCCUCCUAGCAGGCCGUUUGGAGGCCCACCUGGUGACCGUCCACGUGGUCCACCUCGAUUUGAGGGAGGUUCAAGGUUUGGUGAUCGUGAUGGGUACCGUGGAGGUCCACGUGGGCCUCCGGGUGAGUUUGGUGGUGACAAAGGAGGAGCCCCCCCUGACUUCCAGCCCUCUUACAGGGGUUCUGGUGGACGCCCUGGCUUUGGUCGUGGCAGUGGAGGUAUUGGUGCAGCUCCCCCUAGUUCAAGUUUUUCGUGAAAUGAUGCUGCUUCUUCAUAUUCUAUAGUUCCUGAGCUUAGUAUUUAGGAAGCAUACAGCAAAGUUGUCAGAUUCCAGUAGUAUUAAGAUAAUGAGCUAUAUAUUCCUUGAGUUUUUUGUUUGACGGGAACUAGAAAAUCAUGUGCCUCAUUCAUGAUUAUAAAUUUUUUUGCUUAUUAAAAGCAUUUUUUAAACUGAUUCCUGGACGA